AUGACAGCUCAAACAGCUCUCUACCUUGCGGCCACAUCCCAGGCCCUGGCUGCCUUUGCCCUCGGCUACACCAGGCCUUCCAAUCUUGCACGUCCGGCCAUUGCCCUUUCCGUCGCCUGGCUCACCUGGCUGUUCAACCAGGCCAUCCACGAUGCUUUGCACAGCCGUCUUCAUGUGGCUUUACUAUCAACUGGCAUGUGGAUUCAAUGUCUGAAGACAUUGGACGAUCUAUGCCUCACCAAGUUGUCCUUUGAUGAAGAAGCCAAGAAGUCAAUAUCUUCUUCUCGCCUUCGCUUUGGUGUCAGUAACCUCUGGAACAUGCGUGGCGUCGGUACAAGCAAAGUCAUCUCCCAAAUUCCUUGUUGGCCUCACUCUCCCGGAAGACUGUCUUCCGUUCCGUCCCGAGGCCAGGAGAUGUUGAGGCAUGUCAGAAACGCCACCGUCAGUUACUUGAUCCUCGAUAUUUUUGCCUGCCAACCACCUCCAGACUUGGAGAAUAUGAUGUCACCUCGGAACGAGCUCCUACUCUCCCGGCUGGGAGAAAUCCGUUCAGAGGAAGCAAUCUUCCGCCUCUUUGCGGUCUUUGGUUUCUGGCUUAAUACCUUUUGUGUUAUCCACCUUGUCAACAGUAUCUUUUGUUUGUCGUAUCUUAUCUUGGGUCUCUACCCUGUCGAAAUGCUACCCCCAAUCUGGGGUCGACUGUCAGAGGCGUACACUAUCAGACGUUUCUGGGGUAACUUUUGGCAUCAGACGCUGCGACGUCAUCUCACUAGCAUAAGUGACUUUCUCGCCCACAGAAUACUUCACGUGCCUCGUGGAUCAGUGAUUGCUCGGUAUUGUAAGCUUUUAAUCAGCUUCUUCAUCUCUGGAGCGCUGCAUUAUCCUGCUGAUCGGGCUCUCGGCAUUUCUGUUCAAGAGUCCGAUGCUAUUCCUUACUUUGUCAUAACUGCUUUGGCAAUAAUGUGUGAAGACGGCGUGCAGCACAUCUCCGAGGGAUGGGGGAGCAAGAGGAGGAAGUAUCUGGGUUAUUUAUGGGUUGCUAUGUAUAUGUACUGCAUGACUCCAUCAUGGGGCUAUCCAGCUGCAAGAGUUGUACGACCACAAGACCAGCUAGUCUCGUUCUCGUUGAUUAGACAUAUCAUGCCUUGA